UUCUUUCACAACAGCUCUGCGAAGCAUGAAUGCCCUAAUCUCUGCAAAGGCCAUAUCACGGUAAAUGCUGCACGGCCAACUCAAACAGCAGAUUUACCAUACAGCGCCUUUAAGGCUAAACAGUGAAUGAUUGCAUCUCAAGAAAAACUACAAGUCCCAUUCUGCAACCUGGAUGGUGUAUGACGCCAUGAUAUCUGCAGCUCGUUUGUGUUGGCUUUUUGCGAAGCGAGAAACGACGCGGAGAUGUCUGGGCUAAAGAAACCAACAUAGUCUUCUGCAGGGAAUUCGUUUUACAAACAUGGUUGAACCUCCAGUCGUGGCAGGAACCAAGUUGGUCAUGGAGCGCUUGACACUGCCAGUUGAGACAGUUGAACAAACAGUAGAAGUUGAGGAACAACCAAUACUUACAGGUGAACAAUACAUGGAAACGGAUGAACAAUACAUGGAAACUUAUGAACAACCAAUGGAGACAGGGUUACAACCAGUGGCAACUGAAGAACAACCAAUGAGUGAACUGCUACUUGUCACAGAAGAGGCUUCUGAGUGUGUCUCAGACCCCACAGCUUCUACGGAGAUAAUUCUUGAACUAUCCGCUGUUCCUCUAGAGUCUGCUGCUCCUGAAGAGUGGGAACUGGGCCAACCUGAGGAUGCACAGAAGGAGACCCAUGUGGAUGACGUGGCCGCUAGUGACAGAAAAAAUAUUCCCCCCAAGAAGAACAGAAUGGAGCCACUCAAGAUGGACAUGUCCAGGCCACCAAAAAUGGUGACGCCGCUCACAUCUUCCCAGAUCUCUCUGCAGUGCCUGGAGUGUCACAUCAUCUUCAGCGACCACAAGAGCAAAGAGCGCCACCUCAAGCAGAGUCACCCGGCAGAAUAUGAGCAAUGCAUGCUGGGGGAUGCCCUGUUUGCCUGCUACGUCUGUGACCGCCAAUUCACUAACUCCAGUGACCUCAUGCUUCAUCAGCGUGCACACACGGAAAAGACACCCUUCAAGUGCCCCAUCUGUGGUGAGGCCUUCAGCCGUUCCUCUGAGCUCACCCUCCAUAAGAAGCUUCACUUCGGCCUGUACGGAUACACCUGCGCAGACUGUGGGAAACCCUGCAAGACACUCACCUUACUGAAGUAUCACCGCCGCACACACACAGGGGAGAGGCCCUAUGCGUGUAAGGAGUGUGGCAAGAGGUUUAGCAUGUCCAAGGCCCUCCAGAAACACGCACUAGCGCAUUCGCUGGAAGGAAUGAAAGAAGUUGGAGGGAUCACACCACCAAUGAAGGCACAGCUAAAGAAUAAUAGUGGCACUGCAGUGGUAAAAUUUUCCUGCUCCGUGUGCAAGGCAACCUUCAAGACUGCCAAGACACGGCUGCAUCACAUGAAACACAAGCACAACCUGUGUGUUACAGCAUCCAGCAGCACCACACUAGCUGGCCAACAGGUGAAGCUAGGUCAGCCCAUCAUAACCCAGGUUCCUAUGGGCCAGCCAACCUUUCUCCACAUGGAACCCCUUGGGCCCUUCCAGCAGGUGGAAAACAUAGACACUGAACAAAUCCGGAAACUAAUAGAGUCUUUGGGGAACGUGCGCAAAGUGAACCAGGUGGUGAUACUGGGACAGGUGCCGCCACACGGUCAAUCAUUGGAUCUACAGCGGCUACAGGGAAAGAGAGAGCAUUUGCAACUCCGUUUUACUCAACCACAGUUUAUAGAGCUGAAAAAGAUUGGGGGUGGAGAGACUAAGUUGAUGGGAUUGGAACAGGCAAAGCCACAAUGUGAAUCGCUGGAACCAAUUAUUACAUUGGAACCUGUAAUAUCAGAUGGACAAAUGGAGACCCCAUUACUUUCACACACACAGGAAGUUGCAUACGCUGUGCCAGCUGAGCAUGCUGGAUUAACACAAACACACGAAGGAGAGAUGAUUCCUCAGCAGUUACUUGGACAGACUGGUCAGACCGUUGAAGAAGAGAACACUAUGAUUCAGACUGUAUCAGUGGAACAGGUGUUCUGUCACAGUGAAACAGUUGAGCUCAGGGAAAUGGCUGAACAAAGUCAAACUGUUGUGUUGGAAGUCACUCCUUCACUGUUACCAACUCUGGAAUUGGAACAGACUCAAACUGAUCAACAAGGACUUAUGUCUGCUUCCUCACUACCAACAUUUCUACUUGAACAGACUUCUGGACAGAAUCGAAGGGUUCAGGAGGGUAUGAGUGACGGGACAAACAUAUUUCCAACAGUGGAGUUAAAGCUGACGCCAUUAAAAACUGACCCGCAGGAAGAACUCUCCAAUUCCUCAUUGGUACCAACAGUUAAGUUUGCACAAACUCCUCCUGGACAAACAAGCCAGGUAGGAGAGACAGCCACACAGAUGGAGACAUUACAGUUAGAGCAGAUAUAUUCCAGUAUUGGACAGACACAACAGACGGGAAUAGGACAGCGAAGAUCAGUUGAGAAACCUCUUCUAGAAAACACAGAGAAUGACCAGCAGCACAUUUUGGAAAAGCCUUAUGAAGGAAAGAAACAGACGGCACAAGAGCAGUUGCAGACACUGAUAGAUAAGUCUGUUUCUAACAACGCACUGAACAGCAGAGAGAUGCCUCGCACGCAGACGUCAGAAAUAUUCCCUCCGCCGUCCGAGACAAAGGCACCACAGAGUUCACAACUGCCUGUGCAUUUGAUGUCAGUACAAGAAUUUGUAAAAGUGAGGAAGAGAAAGCAGCCGAAGAACUCUAUAGUGCAAGGAAAUAUGCAACAGCAGACAGUUGAGUUGAAAGAGAAGCCUGCCAAACGACCAAGAGCAAAGAAAGCUCAUCUGGUUGUGAAGUUUGGUCCUAAAGAAAAGCCUAAAAACCAGAAGAAGCUUCCACAACCAUCUAAGCUGCUUCAGAAAGGAGACCAGAUUCAGGAUAUGAACCAAAUGUCUCUCACAACUCUACCUGAAAAGAAAUUGUCCUUAAAGGUUGGUAAAGAAAAAAAGGUCAAGAAGAAAAAUGAUAUUUCCAAGUCAAAAAUCAAAUCCCCAUCCAUAUUGUGUGAACCACAUGUGCAGCAAGUCUUGCAGGUAGAUGAGCAGGUGCAUCAAGUGAAGCCGAGGAAGAAGAAAGUAAAAAAGCAACAAUAUGUAAUUAGUGAGACUUUUGAGCAGAUUAGCGCUGAGCCGAUUAGCGAGCAAGAGGUGAUCGCUCCACCCAAGCCAAAAAAGAAAAAGCAGCAGACGAUGGCGCAGGAGGACCAGCCUAAGAAAACAAAGGGGCAAAAGCUGUCAAAAACGGGGAGAAAGAAAAAGAAACCGAAUGUGGAAGCAAGCCCAAUAUCAGAAGGUAUGCCCGACCCUAAAAUAAAGCAACAGUCCCUACUCCUACUGAAGGGUCACAAACAGCCCCAAUUGAAAGUUUACAAAUUAGAUGCCUCAAAAGCCCCCCAAGGUCAAACAGAUCUCCACCAAGACACCCAUCCCAUCCAUAAGAAGAAAGGGCCAAAAAGCAAACAACUAAAAAUGCUAGCUGCUGGAGGGAAAAGAAAAGUAGGGAGACCCAAAAAGAACCACACAGCACUCUCUGUGUUGGCUCCUUUAAAGACUACGUCUCAUUCUUCUGACACAUCUCUGACCAAGCCAAAGACCAGCAGGAAACGUACAGCCCAAAAAGUGGAGACCGAGGGGAUCAUCAGUGGCUCUCAUUCCCGGCGAGCCCUUGAAUGUAAGGACUGUGGUGAGAGGUUUUCUGACGUCUCGUCCCUCCAGGAGCACAAGGCAGCCCUGCAUGCAGUGGAGAGCCCUGGUCUCACCUACACUAACGGCAACAUCUUUGAGGGCGUUUCUAGGUCAGAUCUAGGCCAGUCUCCACUAAAAGUGACAGAAGAGGUCAUUGAAAAUUCAUUGAGUCAAAACACAUUUGGAAUGCAGGUAGCAUCUGACUGGGAUAUGGAGGUGGAGAUGAGAGAGGUAGGGUUGGGAGAAAGAGGGGAGCGAGUCUCUUUCCCAACCCAAAACCCUUCCCCCUCUCUGCCUCUGGCUGCUGCGCUUGUUGAAGGUGGACAGAAGGGAAGGGAGAAGAACAUGGAAAAAAUUGCAGAGGGGAUGGAAUCAUUUUCUCAUAUGGUCCCAAAUUCAAAUCAAUCUUGCACCCCUCCACAAGUUCAAUUCCCUUAUCUGGCCAAAUCUGACAAGGUCCAACCCCUUCUAUUCGAGAGUCUUUCGCCUCCUCACCUCACACCCAUAGCCCCCCUCCACAGCUGUCACCAAACGGAGGACACUAAGUCAGAGAGUCAGGGCAAUAUGAAUGACACUGCUGAUGCUCUCAUACCUACCGUUUCUGGAUUUGAGAACCUAGGGCCUAUUGAGGAUGAAAUUAAAAAGGAGUUACUACUUGAGGUGGAUUUGGUAACUGUUGGGGAUGGGGACCAAAAUGAGGGGGAACACCAGAGCUCACCUCAUGAAGACAGUUCACCAAAUGAGGGAUCCAGCCUUCAUGAAAACAACCGCACUCAUGCACUACCUGCAAAAGCUCAGAUUGGAAAUGUGAAUAGGACUGUAACAACACAAAAUGUACAGACUGAAUCCUGCCCCUCUGACCCACUGGAGAUCAAGCAAGAAGAGGAGGAGAUUAUGGUGCAGAGGAGAGAAGUGGAAAAGAGGGGAGUGGGAAGAAAGAAUUACACCAGGGGCAGGAAAAGAGGAGUUGGACGUGGGAGGAGAGGUUCAGCCACAAGGAAGGGUCUAGGAGGAGAGGGCAUGAGAGAAAUGGAACCAGAGAAAGAAACGGAUGAAUGUCAGGUAGUCUACCAGCUGUAUUCACUCAAUAAUGAUACUGAAAUCAAGGAUGAAGCAGACGUCACUACUCUCCAUCCUGGUCAGUCAUCUCCCAUCAGUUUACAGACCGAGAUCAGAUCUAUCUCUGAGCAAAACAUGCUAACAGCUCCAUGUCCAUCUGGAUCCUGCAUCUCACCGCUUGAGGAGGACCCUGAGGACCAGGUAGUGUUUGAGCUAGAGUCAGUCACCACCAGUGUAGUGGAGGUGUUGAAGACCGAAGAUGGGAUGGUGAUGAAGGAAGUAGCAGGGGACCAGGACGACAGGGACACUGGCCAAUCCCCAGGCAUCAUACUGGAGAGGUUCCUCACCUCAAGGCAGAGCGAGGCAGCAGUGGGGGAGAAUGGAGUGGUGCUCAUGGCAGACUUGAGAGGUCAGGAGGUCAAGGUGGAGGAGAACACCUCCGAUUUGGUUCCCUUGCCACACACCUCUCGUGCCAGACACACAGUGGAGCAGAGGGGGGUCAGGAUGUAUCUCGUGAAGCAGGAAAACAACCUGGUUUUGAAUGAUCCCCAGGUUAGUCAAGGUCAAUCCCAAUUGAAUGUGGAGCAGAGCAGUACCAGGCAGUGCAUAUUCUACCCAGUGAAGGAGGAGCGGGAGCUUCUGGAGGAACCAUCUCAAAGUGAGCAGGGGGUACCAGCCCUGGUGGAGCCUGGAGAGGCCAGACUCGACCAUCCAGUGGAGACUCUAUCCACUACCAACCCUGCAGUAGAGGAGUAUGAGGUGAACAGGAGCACAGCAAAGUUUGGAUCUGAGAUGAAUGAGUAUGGAGAAGAUGAGCUGGACUUUGAGCAGCAAGAAACAGAGGAUCUUGUUGAUUUCCUACUUCAGAAUUCUGACGAAGUGGAGUCCGAGGUUGUUGAAUGUUCUGACCCGCAGCCUGACCCUGAGGCUGUAGUUAUGGCCUGUUACCAUGACAGCCAAAGCCAUGCCUCACUGCAUUCAAAUGAUAUACCAUACAACUUGCCAACCACAGAAAGCCAGGCUCAUUUAGGAUCUAUGGGAGGGUCCCAGACAGGGACUGGCUACAGGAAACCAAUUGAUUACUUCUCCAAGUAUUUUGGUUGGGAUGCUUGGUCUGAGAUUGCCCGGUGCACAAAUAAAGUGUCCCAUCUAUCGAACCCAGUGACAGCAAAAGAGGUAGCCCAGUUUGUCGGAAUCCACAUUGCCAUGGGAACAUUGAAGUUCCCCAGUCUCAAGCUGUACUGGCAGGACUUCACCAGGGUGCCUCUGGUUGCUGACACCAUGUCUGCCUCCCGCUUCUCCCAACUCUCCUGCAAACUGCAACUGGCAUCUCCAGCGCCAGCAGGGGAUCCCAUGGACACGCAGGAAGCUGGACCCAGUGGUAAUCUAGACAGGCCUAAGGAGGGAGACACCACACGCAACCCACUCCGAGCUUUACACACCCCAGCUAAUCCUACAGUUGGCACAACUAGAGGUGAACUGGAUGGCAGCGGCCACACACUUAAACGCGGUCACAGUCAAAUACAAGCUCUUAGCUCCAAGUCUGUGUCUGCAAAAUCCACAACACAGACAUCCACAAUCCCUCACAGCAUUUGGCAGAGGUGUGGGGACGUACCAUCCAGCCAGGACUGUUUUAGUUUUAAAACUGACCCCCUUUGGCGGGUUAGACCGUUAAUGGACCACGUUCGGGCCAGAUACCUGAUGCUGAGAAGAGAGGGUGACCAUGGAGUCGAUCAAUACCCUCUCCCUUUGACGUGUAGAGCGGUCAACAACAAGCGGCCCUCCUUGCACAGCACUGUCUUAGUUAGAUCUGACGGUCUGAUCCUAGAUUUCAACCUUAGUCUGGAUCUCUCCAACAAAGAGACCACAGUUGAGAAAAUGGUGCCCAGAGAUGGGAUGGUGUAUCUCUGCAAGCAGGAGCUCUCUACCCCUGCCAUGUUGGAGCACCUCCUUGGGUCUGGGGUGCAUGGUGCGGGCAAGGUGGGAGGGGCCAAAGGACAGAUGGGUGAUGAGUUUGUUAGCUCUGACGGGCGGCUGAUGCUACACAGGUACCAUCUCGGCUUCAUCCUCUCUACUGUAGGGAAGGCCCAGCAGAACAUGGCAUCGCUCGUCGACAGCUUCGAGAAGGCUCAAAAAGCAGCCAGCCUCAAUAGAGACUUACUGAAUCUCUACCAUUCCCCACUCUCAGCCUCAGCACCAUCUAGCUGGCCACAGGCUGUUCUGUGGUACCUUACAGAUCUGGCUCUGGUAAACUCAUGGAUGCAGUACAGGCAGGAUCAUGUUCCUCUGCCUGAGCCUCUGAACCUCAUGGCAUUCAGGCUGGAGGUCUCCAAGGCCUUGAUCCUCUCCAGUGGCUCAGACACCCAGGACGCAGCCCCUCCGCACCCCCCUCAGAAAUUACACUCCCCGAGCACAGCCCCAGAUCCUGGCCUGUUACAGGAUAGUCCUCUCCCUGACGUGGCCACGCGGUACGACGGUUCGGGCCACUGGCCGGAGCAGCUUGGGGAGGGAGAAGGUGGCAGGUGCCGCUUCGGAGGCUGUGAGCGAAUGUCUCGCGUACGAUGCCUCAAGUGUUGCGUGUUUCUCUGUAUCUCUCGUAACCACAACUGCUUCUUGAAUUUCCACAGUCAAGGGAGUUUUUGAAGCUGAUAAGAUUUCUGUUUUUCUUUUUAAUUGGUGCAUGUUUUAUUUAAUGCUAUGUUUAGCUUUUUUUUUGUAUGUUUUUUUUUUAUUUUAGGUUAGAAGCUCUGAUUUAAUCAUUUCUCCCCCUACACCAUAGUUUUGAGUGCUUCUCUCUUUUCAGUGUCACCUUUAGUUCUGUGCUGGAAAUUAAGAACUUGGUCACUUUUUAGCCUACUGUGUAAAUGUAAUCUUGAUGUAUGCAAUGGCUUUUGUUGUAUGAAAUUACCUACAAAAGAAAAUGUGAAUAGAGAAUUAAUGAUAACCAUAAAGUCAAUGUCUCUGAAACCAAGUGAAAAUACAUUUGAAGAUGUUUUUGUAAUUCUCAUUUUAAAAAAGUGCUGCCUUUUUUUUCCCUUCUGAACCUUGUUUUGUUGUUUACAUGCCAAUAAGCUUUUGCAUGUGUUUUUGGCGUUCUUUGUAAAUUGAAUAAUUGAGUUAUUUAAUACGGUUGGAGCAAAUACAUGUACGUUUUCUAACA